AUGAGGAAGAAAACCAUUGCUAAAAGGCCUCCUCGUGAAAAAGUUUACAAGCUUCCCACAAAACCUUCAACUCGCUCCCAAGACCGAACCUUCACACCAUCACCUUCUCCUCCUAACUCUCCUCCAAGAACUGACCCCAUGGCACGGACCAAGACAACACCCAGAUAUCCUGCCUCUGCCAAGCCGACGCCACCUCCAAAGGCUCCUUCCUCAAAACCUGGUUCUUCAAAACCAAGCUCAUCCAAAGGCAAACGUCUGGUGGCUGAGGAACCAAUUCCUGAGCCAACUCAGCCUAAAUCUAGGUCGGUUCCUGUGUGUUCUCAAAGAGGUAAACCUCAUCCUCCUCUCAAAUCUGUUAGAGAACCAGAUAUUGACCCAUUUGCUCAUAAAUCCCACUUCAUGACAUCACACUCAAAUUAUAAUCCAUAUAGAUUUAGGUCUGCCAUGUACAAUAAUUUCUUUGAAGGAGCUGUUAAGUAUCAUAUCCUAUGGACUGUUCACUCUUAUGUUAAAGGCCAAGACAUUGUCUUGAACAAUGAAACAGUCAGUGAUGCAUUGAAGUAUACUGAUAUUGGGCCUUGUGCUUACACUUCAGUUAAGUUGGAUGAAGGUGUUGGUAUUUCUUACAAUGAUGAUUUUAUCUCGCAAUCUAAUCACAUGAUUGCAAUGAGUAAGGAGCAAAGAAAGCUAGCCAGCAAACAUGAGAAUUUCCUUCAGAAAUCAAGGGAUAGAGUGGCUGUGUUUAUGACAUUCAUUGACAACCUACAGAAGGAUGAAGACCCUGCCACUGACGCUGAUGAAGAAGUUGACUCCGAGGGGAACAGUUCUGAUGCUUAG